GUUUGCUUUUGCGUCGUCAGCCAACACUUUUUGCAGCUGCAGUGCAAAACAAUAUUCGCAGCCAGUAAAUUUCCACAUAAUUUACUAAAUCGAAGGCAAACUGCUGAAAAUAGGUAGAAUAUAAUUUUAGCACUAUUGUGUAGAACGGCACGGCAGACAAGUGAGUGCGAACUGCGACAUAAAAACAAAUUGCACCGCACCGCAACCCAAACCAAAAGUACAAUCCAAAUGCCAGUUAAAAAUGGCGAAUCGGAUGCGGAGGGCGACGUCUCUGGCGCGGAGUCGGAGCGCUCCAACUCCAGCCAGGCACACGACACCUCCGACGAGGAGGAGGAAGAGGAGGAGGCAAACGAAUGCGAUUCCGAUGAUUCCUCCGAAAUGGAUGCCACCGAAAUUGAGCUGCGCCGCGCCGAGCACAUAGAGGAUCUGGCCAGCCUCGAGCGACAGUUUAGCCAGCUGCGCGAACAAUAUUAUUACGAACGCAUCAGCCUCAUUGAACAGCAGCUGUCAGAUGUGCGUUCCGGUCGAUCCGAGGAGUUUGUGCAGCCACAAAAGGAGCUGGACAAGGUGUAUCGGACGCGCAUCGAGGUAGCCGAUGUGCUGCGCAAGUUUCGCCUGCAGAAUAUCGAACACAAAUAUCUGUCCGAAGAGCAGGCCGCCUCCCAGCACUUUGAGAGCGAGAAACAAAUGGCGGCGGAUAAUUUGCGCGAGGAUCUAAUGGAGCGUAUACGACGCCUCGAAGAGGAUCGGCACAAUGUCGACAUCUCCUGGGAUGAUUGGGGCAAUGACAAGCGCCAGAGCAAAGUGCGCGGACCGGGACGCAAAAAGGCCGUCACCGUCACCGGACCCUAUGUUGUAUAUAUGCUGCGCGAGGAGGAUAUUAUGGAGGACUGGACGAUUAUACGCAAGGCGCUGAAACGUUCAUCUACGGCGGCCGUAACAGCAACGCCGGGCGUUGCCCCAACAAUGCCGCACGGCGUUGCUGGUUUGGUGGGCGUGCCCCUAACUCCCACCGCCAUGGCGGGCGCCAAUGGAUAACGGUGGCGUGCCGCUGCCUAUGCCCAUGCCCGUGCUCGUGCCCGUGCACGUGCACGCAACAAGGAGCUUACCUGAUGGCAGCGUAAGGUGGCAAAUGCUCAUAUAACCCGACCCAAACCGCGUUACUCCUGUCAUUCGCUGCCCCCCUCAUGAUCCAGAUGAUGUUGUUAAUACUGUUGACGAACCUGAUGUUGAUUAUGAUUGUAAUAAUCAGAAGCUCGACUAUUGUUGCGAGCCAUUAUGCUACUAAACUCUAACUGUCUCUAGUAUAGGAAACAGCAAACCGAAUGUCAAUGCCCCAAACACAAACCCACAACUAAUCCUAAGUCGAAAUUGUACCAAUAUUUACACAUUGUAUAUAUAUAUAUAUAUAUGGCCGUAUGGAGCGCCAAUACCCUUCGUCCCUGCCCCCACAAUGAUCUUGUCCUGAACAACGUCUAGAAAAGUCACACGCUCAGUAUAAUCGAUUGCAAUAAUCACACACACACACACACACACACACAUAUAUAUAUAUAUAUAUAUAUAUAGAGAUAAGUGUAGAUCUGUACACUAAAUAAAGCCAAUGUUUUUUUUUUUUUGUCUCAUUACUGUAAAGCGAAGCGAACUCUUGUUUCUUGAUCAGUUCAAGCUGAAAAUAUAGAUGUUAUAUAAGUUUUAAGCAGAUAUUUUAGAUAUAUAUCCAUAUCUGUAUUAUGAAUAUGAAUAUUAAAUGUGUAUUGUAUGGAGUUAUUCGCGCUCGAUUUCAAAUAGAUAUUUAAGUUCCAAUUUGUGGAAGCUCUCAUUUCCGAGGCAUAUGUGAAUAGAGCUGUUUGUCGGUUUUGCUUUGGAUUCGUUUGGAUCCAUAUUUAUAUAUAGAGCUGAUCCGUUUGGAUCAGAAACAUAUUUAUAAUAUACAAAUCAUAAUAAACAUUAGCGCAAAUCGUGCAAAA